AUGCAAAAUGGCGGCGGCCGAUCGAAGGCAGCGGGCGGAGCAGCAGCGACACCGCCCGGCCGCUUACUCCGAUCGCGAGGCGCCUGCAGGGCGUGCGGUUGCUCGGUGCGAAUGGAGUCUCAAUACCUCAAGAGCUGCCUGGGAGAUUGCUUAAAAAAGGGUCUGGCAGAGGUUGUGGAGCGUCAGCCUGCAGACCCCAUACAGUACUUGGCGAACUGGAUUUACAAUUACAAGAGAACUCUAGAUGAAGAAAAAAAGAGAACGUUGGAAAGGAUUGAACUGGAAAAAGAACAGCAGGCAGCCCUGGAAGAACUUGAAACUUUAAGAAAAAUGAAGGAAGAAGAGCUGAUGAUACAACAGAGAUUUGAAGAACAACGACAGGAACAAGAACGGGAGAAGUUGAAACUGCAGAAUGAAGAAGAGAAAAUGCAGCUGCAGCAGCAGGAUCCCGAGGUUUAAGCCAAAGCUUAAUAAAGAUUUGGAAAUAUCGUUAAUCAGCUGUCUUUUUCAGAUUCAGUCACUAAAUACAGAACACAAGGCAGAAACCUUUUGGAGAUGUCUGUUUUGCUAAACAUGAAGCAAAAAUAUAUCGAGUCUUUGUUACGUAACCAAAUAAAUUUAAACUGCCUACAGCUGAGGACAUAGCUAUUGCUGCAGCGGUCUUCAUCUCAUCUGUAGUUCAAAUGCAACUGAGGAGUCAUUAACUGACUUCAAAUAUCAUUGCUGUUAAGUCUACUACACAGGUCACUCCAAAAGCCUCCUACUCAUUUCCAUGGUAUUCACUUCCAUAUAACAAAGUGCACGAGAAUGCUACAUGAGAGCAAAAUCACAGGUACAAAAUGCUAUUUUUCAACACAGUGCCACCAUUACCUGCAUUUUUGCCAGCCAUGAACUAACUCCUGCAUGCCAUGACUGUAAAAAUCAGCAUCAAUGGAGGCAACCCACUGCUGCUGUUGC